AUGCGUAUCACAUUCGCCGAUCCCCAACCUGCCAUUCCACCCUCUGAUGACCAACUGGUCGAAUCGAUGGCUUCCUCUACUGUCACGAUUCGGCCUGAUAAUGCGGUCACUUUCCCUUCGAUAACGGGCGGUUUCCCAACCGUCCAUAUCCAAAAUUAUGCACACCCCGUGUCCGCGAUGUCAAUCUGCUCGUUGGACGAACUGUACUUCCCUAUCGAAUGGGAACAACGACCGCCGCCACCACCACCUCAACCCACGCUCGUCGUUCAACCCGGCUCUUCAUCCGCAUCUAGAUGGCUGUUGCAAGUCCAUGAUGUGCCGCGCAAGUCGAGGACAGAGACGCAAGUCAAACUCCGAGUGCAGCUUGUCGACGUCUCAGCAUCAGCUUCUCCAUACCCUGACGGCUCCACUGGUGAACCCGUCACUCAGUAUAGUCACAUUUUGGUACCGAAUACCCCCAGUGUCAAGACAAAGACUCGAGGCGUCGGAGAUCCGGACCCCUCUGCUUUGCUGACGCUACAUGCGUACAUCGUCUGCGCCACGGUCCCAGAAUACCAGAACAAGCCAGUACCAUGCUGCGAAAGUUGCCAAAAGAGGGAGCGAAAUCGCAAUUCAAAGAAGAAGACUGGCGCUGGGACCGCGAGCUUGAAGGGACGCUCCGCCGCCAGUUCAAAGAAUGUCACCCCAGCGACCUCGACGAACGCCACCCCGGCCACGUCUGAUGCGGAGAUGUACUCUGCCCCAUCUGGAUCCCACGCUCAUGCAUAUCCCUUUCAGAGGGAGGGCUUCGAAGAAGCUGGAGAGGGUUAUGUCUCCCCGAUUGACUUUACGUGCAAUCGUCUAGUCGACUUUUCCUCUGGGACUGCGUCGCUCAGCUUUAGGAUUGUGUGCUAUUGCCGGCACUAUAAAGAGAAGAAUGGGUUUUGCGUGCAGCUCCAACUCAGGGAUAGUGCCAAUCGCGUCGUGGGCAAGGUCAAGACGACGCCGAUUAUGAUCAUGGACGAUCACAAGUCGGUCUCCAAGCUCACGCCGGCGCAUACCGCCGAUGAAGAAGAGGUCGACACGGGCGCUGCUAAAAGGAGGACCAAGCGAAUUGUUGCGCGCUACUCGGAGAGUGAAGCUCGUAUCAAGGAGGAGGAUGGGGAUGAUUUUGAGGAAGGAGGAGUCGGGGCGAUUAGGAAUAAGCACCGGCUUAGUCGCCACUCUGUGCUUUCCCAAUCGGCUGGCAGCCUUACGAAGCUCACUUCUUCGAAACCGGCCUCUGCGAGUGUCAAUGGGCCUACCAUUUCCAAUGCACCGUCGACUAGUCGAUCUGGACAGGGUCAUGCACACCGCCACAGCCAGUCGUACACGCAUUCCGAGAGUCCUCUUCCCACUACGGCACCAUCCUCGCCAUCCGUUGGAUUCUCUCCACAACCAUCCCAUGCGACCGGCGACACAGGUGCAAAGUCAGAGGCCGAGCUUAAUGCAUUCGCGCCCCUUCAGCCUUUUGGCUCAUCGAUACCCCUUUCGGCCAACGACAAUCUCCUGCUCAACAAUCCUCUCAUGCAAGCCAUGCCCAGCGUGAACAUGGCCCUGUCUGGAAUGACGCUCUCUUCGCCCGCUACGGCCAUGGCGCCUCAGCCCAACCCAUUCCCACAUAUCACGCGAGUUAUGCCAGCCUCUGGUCCCGUCCAAGGCGGGAUUGAAAUCACGUUGUUGGGCGCCAACUUUUCGCCUGAGGCGCUAACGACGGCGUGCAUUGCGUUUGGCGAAAAUAUCGUUCCGUUUGGUCCGACUGUGCAAAUCUUUAGCAAUAGUGCGCUCAUUUGCUCGCUUCCUCCACGCUCCGUUGCUGGGCCCGUCGAGGUGAAGCUGGUGGGUGUUCGAGAGAUGGCGCCUGGAGUAGCAAGUCCUGCGCCCAUCUUCACUUAUACGGAUGAAGGUGACAAGGACUUGAUGAUCCAUGCUCUUCAGAUUCUUGGCUGGCAAAACUCUGGUCAAUGGCAGGAUCCGCGAAGCGUUGCCAUGGGUAUCCUUGGGGGUGGAGGAUCUGGUGGUGGUAUGAGCGGUCUUAUGCAAAGCGAUGCCGAUAUGGGAUUCGGUGGCGGUGGUUUCACAUUUGCUGCUGCUAAUCGUAAUGGUGUCAACGUUCGUGGACCCCACCAAGCGACUCAGCCUGGUGGUCGACGGAACGUGGAAGCACUCGUCCUCAAUGUUCUACGAUCCGCUCGCAAUCCCGAAACAGACACGAUCAACCACCUCUCUGCGCCACAUCCUGCAACGGGUCAAACAAUCCUACAUCGUGCUUGUGCGCUGGGGUACCAGACUCUUGUCUCGGCACUCAUUGGUUGGGGUGCCGACGUGGACUUGACAGAUAAGAAUGGCUUUACGCCUGUCCAUUUUGCGUGCUUCUAUGGUCAUCUCAAGUGCAUCGACAUUCUCGUUCGCCAAGGCCGUGCCCAUCUUGAAGGUCGCGAUCACCAGGGACGUACACCGCUGGACGUUUGCGGUACGGAAGGAGCAAUCGAGGUUAUACGUGACCUCGAGGAAGAAGUCGAGACGAGAAGGCGUCGUUCGACUGCUCCUAGCGAAAUCGAAAGCGGUGGCGAGGGUGACGAUGAAGGACUAUCAUGGUCCGAGGCAGACGAUGACGAAGAAGAGGAAGAGCCUCCUAAACCUGCGUCGAGGCGUAUAUCUAGGGUCAACUCGGUGGCGUCUAUCGUCUCGAACCGUAGACUUGCCAAGCCUACCACCCCAUUCGCCCCGGAGCCAUUCACUGCGAUUCAUCCUUCGGUUUCUGCGCAUUCUUCUGCUCCAGUUGCAGCUCCAACUCGUCAACCCUGGUGGUCGAUGCCUCUUCCUGGUCGAGGAGGGGCUACGGCGACACCGGUACCGGAAAAAUUCCUCAAGAGUAGUGCGGAAGCAUCCCAGACUGAACAGGAGCAAAUGUUCCGAUGGUUCCGCGAGAUGAGGGAGAGUUGGACCAUUUGGCGUCAACAACAGCAACAACAGCUGGACCUUGAACCCCCACCAAGUUAUACUCCAUCCGACCCGGUGUCAAAGCUUCAUCUGAUCGCCCACGAAAAGGUUGCUACUGGGGCCGCUGGAACCCCCGCCGUGCCCACCGAGUUGGAGGAACCGCCGUCUCCUUUAUCGUUGGACUCGCAAUUUGAACAUGUUCCAACAAGGACUAUCUCGCGUUCGACAUCGAAUAUUCGUUUACGUCAACAGCAAAUUGUUUACCGUCGACGGGCUGACCGCGAAGUGCUCGGCGAGCAACCACAAAUGCAUGCCGCAGAUGUUGGGCCACGACGGGCAGCGAAGAAGCGGGACACUAUGCUCAUUUACUUCUGGAUACCGGUUCUUCUUGCUGUGUUUGUGUGGAUGACCUAUAAAUCCGUCGGACUUGUCUAUCGCUCCUUUACAUCUCAUCCGCUCAUGCAGAACUCGGCAGCGUUCAUUCAAGAAACCGUUUGA